AUGAACCCUUUUAGCUCUGCUUUCUCGGACUCGUUUCUCUCAAUCUCCUCUGAUCAUAGGUCUCCGGUUUCAGACAGUAGUGAGUGUUCACCAAAGCUAGCUUCGAGCUGUCCUAAGAAACGAGCUGGGAGGAAGAAGUUUCGUGAGACGCGUCAUCCGAUUUACAGAGGAGUUCGUCAGAGGAACUCUGGGAAAUGGGUUUGUGAAGUUAGAGAGCCUAACAAGAAAUCUAGGAUUUGGUUAGGUACGUUUCCAACGGUUGAAAUGGCUGCUCGUGCUCACGACGUUGCUGCUUUGGCUCUACGUGGUCGCUCUGCUUGUCUCAAUUUCGCUGACUCUGCGUGGCGGCUUCGUAUUCCUGAGACUACUUGUCCUAAGGAGAUUCAGAAAGCUGCGGCUGAGGCUGCGAUGGCGUUUCAGAAUGAGAGUGUUACGACGGAAGGAUCGAAAACUGCGGUGGUUGAGGGAGAGGUGGCUGUGAGUGAAGGGGAGAGAAUGGUGGAGGAGCAGAGUCAGAGUGGUGUUUUUUUUAUGGAUGAAGAGGAUGUUUUCGGGUUUCCCAAGUUUUUUGAGAACAUGGCGGAGGGGAUGCUUUUGCCGCCGCCGGAACUUGGCUGGAACCAUAACGACUUUGACGGUGAUGGUGACGUGUCACUCUGGAACUUUAACGAUUAGUUUUUUACAUAUAUAAACGAUUGGUUUUGGAUAAAAUAAGUUAGUCAGAGAUUAUUUGGACUUCUAGGAUUGGUCCGUAGUUCCGUACCUGAGUUUUUAUGGUUUGGUACCAA